AAAACGCCGACGCUCAAUUUCGGAGAUUUGAUCAUAAUUUUCUUCCGGAUUGUCUCGUGGAACCGAGGGCGGCAGGGGAGAUGCCGCUGACCCUGUAUGGGCCUUGACCGCCUCCGCCUCCGCUCGCUAACCUCUGCCUCCUCUCGACUUUUCUGCCAGAGCGCCGCAGCGGCCCGUCUGCUGCCCGCCGACCAUCAUCUGCCUUUGAUUGCAGCCAUGGGUGACCAGGAGAUGCCCGUAGGCAAGCACACGGGCAAGAAGUUCUCGGAGAUCCUCGUACAAGACCCGUCAUUCUGCGACUUCGCCCUCUCUCUGCCGGGUCAGUUAUUGUAGUCGACACCGACAGCACCAUGACACUCGUGUCAUGCCUCAUGGCAUUCGGCUGGCUCGUGCACCCGUCCGUGUGUUUGUGUCCAUCCAUCCAUCGUGUGUGCUGUGCUUUCUGUUCUGUCUGUGUGAUGUGAUGCGUUCCCUCAGGACCGAAGGGUGCGCUGUUGGCGUUCAAGCAGUACGUGCAGAACGCUCGUGGCCUCUCACAGGACGCACCAGGAGCGGCGGCAACAGCCUCUCAGCCCAGCCCUCCCCCUCCCCCUCCCCCCUGCCCACCCGUCCCCCGGCCGCCACGGUUCUCCCCAUCUGCUCAGAGACUCUCGCCACCCCACCACCAAAACCAGCAGCAAGGCAACCACCACUACAGCCCUCCAAAUGAUGACUUUCAGCGGUUUGCGUACAAUGGCAGCGGUGCUGGUGCUGCUGCUGCUGGUAGUGGUGCGAGCACGGGGGUGGGUGGCGCUAGUGGUUCGGGUGCGGGAGUGGGAGUGGGUGUGGGUAUGGGUGUGGGUAUGGGGAAUCGCACGCAGGCGUCGCAGGCGUCUCAGUGGAGUGCGCCUGCUGUCAAGGAGAAGAUUGACCCCAUAGCGUUGGAGCUCUACCAACAUGACUAUUUCAGGGUGAGGUGGGGUCGCUGGUGUGUCCGCACGCCGUGUGCGUGUGCCUGUGUUGACAUUAUAUAUCCUAUCCGUGUUGUUUGUGUUGUUUGUGUUGUGUGUGUGCGUGCAGAUAGCCCAGGUGCGUCAGAGUGGCCGUGCCGAGUCGUUCAUCGACCGUUCCCUCUGGACCAGACUCAGAGUGGGUCAUACCCUCCACCCACUCACAACCACGAGGACGACAUCCCUCACUCAUUCCCUCUGUCUGUCUGUCUGUCUGUCUGUCUGUUUGUCUGUCUGUGUGUGUUCAGAGUUUGGGCCCCGACAGCAGCACGCGUGACGCCGGUCCCGGGUUUCGUAGCGGGGGUGAGGUGAUGCUGUUCCACUGCUCGAGGUACAACGACAUCAAGGAGGCCAUCCGGGAGGCCUUCGACACCAAGUUCGAGGACAUACCGCGGUUCGUCAUGUGGCAGAGCCAACAGCUACUCACCUUCGCACCCAAAGCUGCGGUAUGUCAUGUCAAACAGACAGACAGAGAGCCGGGGAAUGGGCACAUUGCUCGUGUGUGACGGCGUCAGUUUCCGAAGUUCGUAGCUCGCUGUCUGCUGCCGAUUGACAACGAGAAGGAGCGGCAGCACUGCGAGAAGGUCGAGCAAUUCCUCGCGGAGCUGGACACGCUCAUCCCCAACAUACGACCCUUCCAGGUGCACUGCAGGAGGGAGGGAGGCAAUACACAACACAGCGCAGGACAGCAGCAUGUGUGUCACCCACCGGUGUGUGGUGUCUGUCUGUGAUGUGUGUGUGCAGCGUGAUGGCAUAGCGUUUGCGUUGAGGAAAGGCGGCCGUGCGCUCAUCGGGGACGAAAUGGUCCGUACUCACAUCGCAUCCAUGGCCGGCUGCAUGGCAUGGCAUGAUGAUACAUACGCCGACUUAUUUCUUCCUGUCGUGUGUGGUUCGUGUCUGUGUGUCUGUGUGUCUGUCUGUCUGUCGGAUGUGAUUGAUGCCGUCUGACAGGGCUUGGGCAAGACCCUGCAGGCGUUGGCUGUCGCGGCGUUCUACUCCAAUCAGUGGCCGCUGCUCGUCAUCUGCCCGUCAUCCAUGUAUGUCAGCAAACCACCCACCCCCUACCACACCCACCAUUUCUGUCUGUCUGUCUGUCUUAUGUGUAUGUGGUUGGUGUUUGUUAUUGUCCUUCCUGCCUGCCUGCCUGCCUGCCUGCAGUCGUUUCCAGUGGCGCGACCAGGCCUCCCAGUGGCUCAAACACUUAGUCAGAGAAUGCGACGUACGUACGUCAGUCAAUCAGCACCUCAUUAAACACAUAUAUUGCGGAAAAGAACACACUAGCUCAGCUCAGCUGCUUUGUGUGUGGCCCCCACCACUCCUCCCCCCCUCCCUCCCUGUCUGUCUGUCUGUCUGCGUGUGUGUCUGUCAGGUAUGUUUGGUGAAGAAUAGCAAGACGGUUGUGCCGGACGAUGCCAAGAUCGUCGUCAUCUCGUACGACCUCAUCUCGCGCGACAACAACGACCCCCUCAGGACCAGACCCAACGGCGAGAAAUACAAGGUGUGUGCAGUGCAGUGCAGUGCAGCGAGGGGGACCCCGAGCCACACACGCCAUCCAUGCAGCAUGACAGCUGACUGACCUGUGUGAACAUCAGGUGGUGAUAGCUGACGAGUGUCACUACCUGAAGGACCGCAACUCCAAGCGCAGCAGAGUGGUGCGCAGCGCACGGCAAACACUCAUUCAUACGAAGCCGUGCCGUGGAUGGAAUGCAAUACAUCGUUGCUCUCUCUCUCCCUUUCUCUGUAUGUGUGUGGUGUGUGUCAGGUGGUGGAGAUCUGCCAGAAUGCCCGUCACGCGCUGCUGCUGUCGGGGACGCCGGCACUCAACAAACCUAUAGAACUCUUCCCGCAGCUGUCCGCACUCGUAAGUCGGCAAGCCACAUCACCCAUCACACAUCACACAUCACAUCACAUGCCCCACCCACUCACCAUGACAUGAAUGACCACAUCCCAUCUGUCCGUCCACACAUCCAUCUCAUCUGUCUGUCUGUCUGUGUGUGUGUGUGUGUGUGUGUGCAGCUUCCGAAUUUCUCGACCUACAACGAGUUUGGCGACCGGUACUGCAUGAAGGAGCAGAACAGGUGGUCCCGCCGCAUCGAGUACACCAGGUCCAAACACACCACAGAACUCAACCUCUUCCUCACUAACACGGUAGGUCAGCCAGCCAGCCAGACACACACACACCCGCACACAAAGUGACCACCAGAAGCGAUGAGAAUGGAUGGACACGUGUGUGUGUGUGUGGUUGUGCAGGUGAUGAUUCGCCGCCUCAAGAAGGACGUGCAGAAGGAGCUGCCGGACAAACUCAGAACCAAAGUGCCCUGCGAGGUGUGGAGGACAAUCUGCCAAAGAAUCACAGAUAAACAGACACGCAGGCAUCCACCUGUGUCUGUGUGUGUCGUCAGAUUGACGCCAAGUCGCUGCGGAACAUCCAGAUGGCCAUGAGGGAGGCCAACAUAGAGGACGAGCUGCGCGCCGCCGGAGACUUAGACGACCCUGAAAUGUCCAACAAGGUCAGUGUGCAGGCCACCCAGCCACACCACACCACACCACACCAUGGCCAGCAACCUCCCUCCUCUAUGUGUGUGCAGAUGGGCAAUCCGGCGAUGGCUGAGAUGUAUCGCAUGACGGGCGAGGCCAAGAUCAAGGCCGCGGAGGACUACAUCGACAUGCUGCUCGAGGGCGAGUGCGAGAAGCUCAUUGUCUUCGGACACCACCACGCUGUCCUCGACGGCAUAGAGAAGAAAUGCAUCAAAACUCUCAAAAUGGUCUGCACACACCCACACACAUGGCACGUACACACACGCACUGAGUGUGUGGCGUGUCGUGUGUAGGAGGGGUACAUUCGUGUGGACGGGACGGUGUCGAGCAAGGCGCGAGAGGACCGCAUCAAGAAGUUCAGGACAGACAGCAAGUGCAAGGUAGGUACCUCGUCAACACAACACAUCCCUCUCCUCCCGCCCCUCAAUCAACACACUCACCCCAUCCAUCCAUCCAUCCAUGUGUGUGUGUGUUGGUGCAGGUGGCGCUGCUGUCGAUGACGGCGUGUGGCACCGGCCUCAACUUGACUGAGGCGGGCACGGUGGUGUUUGCGGAGCUGUACUGGGUGCCGGGGACCAUCCUGCAGGCCGAGGACAGGUCACACAGGAUGGGCUCCGAACACACCACCAUCUCCGUCUACUACCUCAUCGCUGAGGUAGGUACCUACCUGCACAUCACAUGAAUGUGGAGGGAUAGGGACAGACAGGGCGGAAGAGAAAGAUAUGGAUUGGAUUGGAUGUGAUGUGUGUGUUUGGUCGCUGAUGGAUGGAUCAAUCAGCACACGAUGGACGAGGCCAUUUGGGAGGUGCUGCAGAAGAAGUGGCAAACCGUCACCUCAACACUCGAUGGAAGGGUACGCGACAGACAGACCAGAAGGAAGGACACACCACACCACACCACACCCGCCUGUUGUGUUGAUGAAUCCAAUCGAUGCGCACACACAGGCCGAGACCAUCGAGGCCCGUGUGGGUGAGACAGUCAAGGCCAGGCAACCGUCCCGCGGACCAGCUGCCGCUGCUGCUGGUGGUGGUGCUGCUGGUGGUGGUGAUGGCGGUGACCAGAUCAUGCAAGACCCCUACGAUGACGACGCGAAUGACGCGGACAUGGGGUUCUCGAGCAACUCGCAGCCGGCCAAGUCGCCCCCUGCCAAGAAGGCGGGUGGCAAGAGGUCGGAGCCGCCCAAGAACGUGCCCGACAUCCGGUCGUUCUUCACCAAGAAGGCCAGGAACGAGUGACUGACUACUUACAGCCGUAGACACACCUUUGGGGGGCAGGAGGGACAAGUGGAUGGAUGGCAUGCGUGUGUUGGUAGCAGCCAGCUGUUAGUAGAGAAAGGUAUGAUGCAUUGCGUUGAAACGUGCAAUGCGUCCGGGUGUGUGUGUGUGUGUGUGUGAAUGGGUGUGCACGAUACAUAAUGGUGUGGUGUGGUGUGGAUGCACCUGGCUGGCAGUUUGGACAAUGGCGACUCGCUGAUUCAAUGCCUGGCAACAUCAGUUUCCAAGUGAUAGCCAUG